CUUUCUUUUCUUCGCGAAACUCGAGGGUGAUUGAUAAUAUUCUUCAGUAAAAUGACCAAGAAACGUCGCAAUGGAGGACGCUGCAAGCACAACCGCGGACAUGUAAAGGCUGUUCGUUGUACAAAUUGUGCAAGAUGUGUACCUAAAGACAAAGCUAUUAAGAAGUUUGUCAUUAGAAACAUCGUCGAAGCUGCUGCCGUUCGAGACAUUACUGUUGCCAGCGUUUAUACCUCUUAUGUGUUGCCCAAGUUGUACGCUAAACUUCACUACUGUGUCUCUUGCGCCAUCCACAGCAAAGUUGUACGUAACAGAAGUCGCGAAGGUCGACGUAUUCGUACACCACCAGCUCGAGCUUUCCCAGUUCGUCAACAAAACAAUCAAAGAAAGUAGAAAUGUUAAACAACAUCAUUUCACUAACAUUCUCUGAAAUAAAGUUUAAUGAUCCUUUGACAUUUGCAAUGUCUUAAAAAAAUCGUCAUCGUUGUUUUUAUUUUUGAAAUUUCCAGAAAUUUUCCUGAUGAAAUUGAAAAACUGAAACAAAUAAAACUCAAAAGAAAC